UUAGUUUGUGUUUUUGAAACAUUUGGCAGCAGAGUCCGCGCUGAAACUGAAAGAACAGUGCAUGGGAGAGAGAGCGAGAGAGAGAGCGAAUUCCUCCACAGCUCCAGGGUGAUGAAGAGGUUAAACCAGCCCCUCUCCGCUGUGCUCUCUGCCUCCUUUUGCGGCUCCAGUCCCGCUUUAAACGGCAGCUGAGCGCUGAGCGGACAUGGACACAUCCGAACUUUAACUUUCAGGUCUUUCUCCUCUCUUGCCCGCGCUCCUCUCCUCUCUUGUCCUCCCUUUCCGUCUCCCGCUGGGCUGAGCUCCGAGUGAGAAGCUGCGCUGGCAGCUGCCGUCUCAUGGAAAUCUAAUUUUGCUCUAAUUUUCGGUCAGUCGCUCAGGUCUGUGGAGGCUAUUGUCGUUUCGCUGCUCCCUUGGUUUUAAUGGUUCACUCAUGCGUCGGGAAUGCCAUGGCCACUCCGAGCGCACAGCAACAGGAUUAUUUCAGAUCGGUGAGCAGCGAAUCAACCACCUACAUGAUGGUCCCGGCAGGCGGGCCGACCGCGGCAGCGCGCCGGGAAACGCCGUCCAAGAUGUGGGUGGCUAUGGUGGUGAUAGUGGUGGUAGUGUUGCAGAUUGCUUCGACCACGGGACUCUUUGUCUACCUGAAUAUGUCGAUAUCACAGGUGCGUAGCCAGGGAGUGACAGAGGAGUUAAAAUGCCUGAGUUUACUAAAUGCUCUGGAUAAGGACCAGGACAUCCCAGAUCAGCUAGCCCAGCUCUUUGGCGAACCCUGCAUCAAACUGGCCGAAGGCAUCAAAGCUUACAUCUCCAAGGUGGCAGAUAGCAUCAUCUCAAAGCGCAUCUUCACUGAGGCGAGAACCAUGCCUCACAAUUUCAACAACUCAGGGUCAAAGUUUAUGAGCCCCGUGACCCAGAGGCCAUCUGCCCACUUGACCCUCAGAGACGCCAGUUCUCAAGGGUUUUCUUCCUCCCUGAGCAUCAUGCCUGGUCUUCAUCAGUCCUGCCGCCAUUUGGUCCGCUCAUGGGCCAAUCAGAGCCUAGGAGCUCACCUGCACAACAUGACCCUGUCUAAUGGGAAGCUCCGAGUGCCCCAAGAUGGGAGGUACUAUCUGUACUCACAGGUGUAUUUCCGUUAUCCAUCCCCAUCUGCAAAUGAGGGGGACCAGCGCAGCGUCAGCCACCAACUGGUGCAGUGCGUCUACAAGAAAACGUCCUACCCAAGCCCCAUACAGCUCCUGAAAGGUGUGGGAACCAAGUGCUGGGCUCCAGACGCUGAGUACGCCCUACACUCCGUUUACCAGGGAGGACUUUUUGAACUGAGGGCCGGUGACGAGAUCUUCGUCUCUGUCUCUUCCCCCACCAUGGUAAAUGCAGAAGAAUCUGCUAGCUACUUUGGCGCCUUCCGUCUGGACCUCUGAGAGGAAAGGAUUGGAGAAAAAAAAAAAGAAGCGAUGGGACAAUGGAUGGAUAAACAGAUGGGCUGGAGAGCUUGGGGCCUUUUGAAUAUCCACUGAUUGGGGGGAAAAAAUGGUCCUAUAGACAGAAGAGGAAAUGGAGGUCUGGAUCGUCAGUGUUUGCUUGGGCAGAUGCACUGAAGGAUGGAAGAACUGGGGUUUGAAAGAUCUACAUGGGUGAAGAAUACUGCAAGAGGAUAGUGGAUUUGCCUUUCCUGCUCUCUCGAUUAAGAGAAAGCAAGACUUCAAGAUAAAAGACAUGUGCAAUUGUGAAAAAGAAAUAAAUGUGAGGACUUUGAUUUACAGUUGAUUCUUAAGGGGGAAUUUGCCACAGGAAAAAAAUAAAAUCACAACCUUCUAGGUGAAGUUCAGAAAUUAGUCCACCAUGCUAUCUAGAUCUCAAUAUAACAUGACCCUACAUGUGUGAAUAUGUCAGUGACCUUUUUAUGGGAAAAAAUUAAACCCUUGGUUUGGAUUUGAAGAAUUUACACAAAAUAAAAACUUUACUCUCCACAUCAACGGCUGCAGAAGAAAAUGAAACAAUCAAACCAAAGCAAAAACUUCUUUUUUAAGUGUGCGAUGGGAGUUCUGUACAUAUGUAUGGCUGAGAAUGAGAUUUACACAAUGGACUGUGGUGAUUUUAAAAGUAAUUCAUUUUUAUUUUACCUUUGACUGGACUUAAAACCACUUGGGGAAUCUAAAGACUUCCUACUUGCGAAACACUAAAACUGUGGAUUUUAUGUAAAGACCUUUAGUGGAGGAAGGGGAUUGCCUCUGUGACAAACUGUAGAAAGAGCCAAGAGCUUUUUGAAGAGGAGUCUGCAAGCCAAGAAGAAGUGAAAACAAGGAGGGAGAAAUCUUGAUAACGCCAAUAAGAAUUAGCCCGGCACUGAAAGAUUAAAGGACAGAGAGCGAUGCUGUGGGUAGUAUGCAGCCUGACCACUCUGCGUGGUUGAUGUCUUUUCUUUCUCUUUCCCUUGAUUCCUUCUCUUAUCUUUUCAUGUUAACUAUUUUAUCUAUCUUGUCGAACCUGUGAAGCUGCAUUAUAUUUGAGUUCAUGGAGCAGUUAUGCAACCAACCACAAAGCAACAAUGUGAGAAGAAGAUGACAGAAACACAUGCAAAUAGUCUAGUUUCACAAUCACAGAGAGCAUGGAUUAAAGUGACAUUUAGGUUGGGUUACAUGGAGUUGUUGUUUUCACUGCAAUGAUCACUGGUUCCAUAACAUAAAAAUCUCAUUUUGGAUACAUGGAGUUAACAUUGGUGUUAUUGGUGUAUUGCAUUAUCUUUCCAGGGUAGUAGCUCAACUUGAACAUGGCAAAAUGUGCACUUACCUAAAACAACUGCAGCAUUUAGUAAAAGGACUGGUUCUUAUAUAGUGGACUCAAAGCAGUUCAUACAGCUUGCCUCAUUCACCCAUUCACAUGAGCACUUUUUUCUAUGCUUUCUUUCACUGUAAUUGUUGGUCUAGCUUCUGCAUUUGGGGAAAGUUUAAAACCUGUCAAGCCUCUAGCAAUGUCAAUGCUUCAGUUAAAAAAAAAAGAAAAAUCCUCUAGUAUAGUAGCUAACACAGAGAAGGUGGAGAUCCCUGGGAGGGUUGCAUCAGGAAGGGCAUCCAGCCUAAAAAUCUGUGCCAAAUCAAAUAUGUGGAUGCAUCCGCUGUGGCGACUCGUUUUAAAUAAGGGAACAGCCAAUAAAAGCUUUCUCUGUGCUAGCUAGAGUGGAACAUAUUGUCCUUCUAUUUGCUGAAAAAUGAUUGGUGCUAAACAUUUUAACCACCAUCUGGACACUCAGAAUGCAAAAAAUCCACACCUUAAGCAAGAACAUGGGUUUAGCAGAAAAACUCAAAGGAACAUUUUGAUAGUUUGAAUACACAGUCACCCACUGGUUUGUGGACAUUCUCGAGCUUUGAGUUUAGCAUUGUGGUGGUCGGUAUCUUCAGCUUGCGUCUGCAAACAUUUACUCAUCAGGAGAUUGUUUACUGAGGUCAGACUUCGACAUGAUCGGACCUGUUUCUGCAACAAGAGAUUUGCCCCCUGCUGGUUAUGAGAACGACUACAAAUGUAAAGCACUUGACUUGGCAAAAAGGCUGGUUUUUAAGCAGCCUGUGCCCAGGUUAAGGGAAGAUAAACAAUACUUUCAUUAUGUAACCUCAGCUAUGUUAUUAUUGUAGACGUCAGUGACAGUGAAAGAAAUAGGGUAUGGAAACUAAUUUAAUGCAUCGGUGCUGAAAUUGUUUGUUCAGAAACACAAACAGCUGACUAAAAUUGGCUGACAGUCACUUAGUAACACUGGUGCAUACACAUAACAAUUGCAAACAUUAUGAGCAGUUCAGAAACUGUAUUCUCAAACACACUCGGAUGCUACAAAUCUGAAACACAGGAUCCCACACCAAGUCAAGCAAACACAGCCCAAGAUUUGGAACGAGUGAGAGAGGAUAUUUGCAGACAUAAACCAUCCACCGCCUAGCACAGACACAACCCCUACAUGCUUUUUUUUCUGUGUGCACAUAAAAAAGUACACACAUCACCUCACACUACAUCCAGGCUAGCCUGUUCUAUGUAGACACACACAUCAUCCAAUGUCACAUCCAGCGAGAAACAUAUGCCCUGAUUAAUCUGGGCUGUCUAGCCUCCCUGUGCCAUCUGGUAAUUGUCAGUGAUCUGGCAUACAGCGAGGGUGCGCACACAAGAAUAUAUGUUUGUUCAAAGGGCUUGGUUCACAUAGAUGAUUCAGAAAAUGCGGUAAAAAAAUGUUUUUUUGCAAAUGUGAGCUCCAGUUUGCUUUGUACACUUUGUACACUUAAGCACACAUUUGAUAGGGUAACUUCCAGACUAAGCCCCUCCUUCCCAUACAGCACAGGAUAUCUUUGUAUGCAUACCGUGAAGAAGGUUAUUUUAUGGUGUAGUUUUGUCAGGCAUGCUAUGAAAACACAGCAACAGAGCUGGUUUAUUUUCUACUCAAAUCACAAAAUGAAAGGCAAAUCUCAUAUUGCAUUAAAUUACUGUUUUAAGCUCAAUUUUUGCUGGGUGGCACGCACCUGCACAUGUUUCUGUUGCUCUAACGCUCCCUGUGUGAAGUCAAGUUAUAUUCCAGUUAAAAUAAUAUAUGGUAACUUCAACAAUUAUGCAGCAUGUUAAAUAAUAUUAUAACUGUAAAUCUCUAUACCACGCAUACAAAGUUUUCCUACCUUUUGCAGUUUAAAUGGUUAUUCUUUUGAGUGAAAAAACAAACAAACAGACAAACACCUUUACCACAAAUACCUUUUGUGGAAAGGUAUUUGUGGUAAAUCUAAAAUUGUACUUUCUGCCAACUAAACUGUUAGCCAGACACAAAAAAGUGUGAUUGCUUUGGUUGCUAGCAAAUUACUGAAGUUGCCGAUAAUUUGCAGGAAAGUUGUAGAAUUAUCUGCAAAGAUGUUCCAUUUACUGGCCAAGCCUUAGUAAAACUUAAAAAUAUACAAUUCAAACCAGAAAUCUAGAAAGUUAACUAAGUAAAUGUUGUGCUUUGCUGCUAUAACCAAUGCGUUUCAAAAGAUGCACCUUUUACUUUAAUGGAGAACUGUCUUCAUGUUGUACUUUCCUUAAUUUCAUUGCCUUUUGGUGACUAAUUGGUGAGGGUUUGCAGACAAGUCAGUGUUUCUCAUGCAACAGCAGCAAUCUGCUAACAAGGUUUUUGGUGCAACAUCCUCUUGGUAGCCAGUUUCACAUAGUGACUACCAGUAACCUCCAUUAAUCACUCAAUAACAUACUGGAGACUUCACACUUUUACUUGUUGCUGCCACAGCGGUCAUUCUCUAGGCCUGUAUGACUGGGGUGUAGCUGGCAAUAGCUAAUAGAUAAUUAGCUUAGAUUAGCAUAGGUAUCAGAAACAGUAGAAUUGAUAAGAAGUUGCAUUGAAACUUUUCAAAUGUUUACUAGUAGCAGCUUUAUUAAAUUCACAGUAUAGAAGACAGGCUAUUUGUGAGCAAUUAGUGAGCAUUGGGAAAAGUCGUGGUAAUGGCUUCCAUGUUUAUUUUUUUGUGCUAUGCUAGGCUAACUUUGU